AUGGAAACAAUCCCUGAGACUGGGACCCCGCGUCGUUCGACCAGUUCUAGAGAAGGCGUUCAUUCGCAGAGUCUUAACAGCGGUGGUUCGUCAACAGUUCACUACUUUGCCAAACAUGAUACAGUCAAACUUGCUGAGCACAAUUUCUUGUUAUGGAAGCAUCAACUGUUAUUGAUUCUUGAAGGAUAUGGGCUUAAAGGUUUUGUAUUGGGGACAGUUUCGGCUCCUUCAGCAAUUCUUGCAGGAGUUGAUAGUCAACUGAUGCAUAAUUUGGCAUUUCUUGUUCAUAGAAAGCAUGACAAAUUUUUAGCCUCUUGGCUUCUCUCGUCAGUUACUGAUGAAAUUUUGGUCCAUCUUACAGCAGCUAAGACAAGCUUUGAGGUUUGGACUACAAUUGAAAAACGAUUUGGUACCACGUCAAGUAUUAGGGUAGCAAGUCUGCGUCAUGCUUUGUAUUCGAUCAAGAAGGCUAGUUUAACUGUUAAAGAAUACCUGUCUAAGGUAAAGACUCUUAGUGAUAGUCUAAUGGCAAUUGGAAGCUUGGUAACGGAAAGAGAACAAGUUAGUGUCAUUUUGUCCGGUCUUCCUUUGGAGUAUGAGUCUAUUCGAGUUUUUACGUCUGCAACUCUAGUGUCUUUGGAUUUACUUACUGAUAUGCUUCUUGAUUGUGAAGCCAGACACUUAGCUCUAUUCACAGAAGCUCCUUUGCAAGCGAAUUUGGUAGACAAAUAUCAAGAGACCUUAGGGGGUUCAAAAUCCACUUACUCUCAGGUUUCCAAGCAAGGGUAUAGUGGUUCAGUCGUCACCCUCACUGACCCUCUUCAUACUGAUCAGACUUGGUAUCCGGAUUCGGGUGCAACGAACCAUGUUACACCUGAAAGGUCUACUCUGAUGACUGCUUCUCCUUACACAGGAUCAUCUAAUGUCUUACCUGGCUCCAGGCUAUUGCGUCUUCAGAAUGUGUUACAUGUUCCUACAAUGGUUAAGGUUCAAUUUGGUUGUUCUGUUAAGAUGCUACAAACUGACUGGGAGGGAGAGCAUCGUAGGGUAUACACCAUAGGGUCACCUGUCCCUACACCUCAAAGCAAAAUGGCACUGCUAAAAGGAAACAUCGAAAAAUCGUAG